AAAACGAUGCACAUGGACUCACUCCGCAGGCGGGGAGAAAUAAAUGUAGCUCUGUGUGGAUGGAUUUCACCAACCAGCACCGUAUUGUCACUGAAAAUAUAACUUUGUUUUCGCUCCUUGGGAAGUUUGGCAGUUUGAAGUGACAUGGUGAUAUGUUUUGAAUGGCACCGGACAGCUGUGGACCAGAAGAGCAACAGUGGUUUGCCAAUGACUGGUGAAGACACUGGUUUGGAGGCUUUGGCCUCACCACUGGUGGGGUAUUUGGGAAAAGUUCAGGAAAGAGCUGCUUCAUUGGAGCAUUGUCCCUGGUGCACUUUGAAGGGCUUAAGCUAUUCUCUGCGCUCUUACCAUAUCAACCUCCAGGAGACAAUCACCCUCUGCACAAAUCCACAGUGCCUUUUCCCUCUGGUCAGCCGGCCCUUGGAGGAUGUUUUAGCUAGCUUGGUUCCUGUGGAGCCUGCAGCUGGGAACAAAAGAAAAAAUCCCCUGCCGCUGGAAAAGGAAGAGUUGAUUGAACGCUCACCCAAACGUCUGCGAUCAAGUGAACUUGGCAGCCUUGAUACACAAAGUGAUAAUGACACACUUAUCAGCCAGGGUGAGCACUGUGCUGUAAACACCAUCAGUAAUGGCCAGCAUGCAGCACCCAAGACAGAUGCAGUAAAGGUAAAUGGAUACCACAGGGAUUUUGAUUGUCCAGCUGCAGAGACAAAUGGAUGGGAAUCACUACAAGAUGACAAUGUCGUUCUGGAGAAAGAACCAGACAAUGCUGUUUGUACAGAAGGUUUUGCUCCUCCUACAUGCUCGUCCUCAGCUGGACACCUGCAGAACUCAUCAGAAGCCUUGCUGACUACUGAUGGGGAUGAGCUUGCGCGCUCUCCACACCGCGGAGCUCUCGGCAUAUUGGAGGAUGACUCCAGUCAGGUGAAGAGUCAUCCUGAGGUGCUGAACAGACAGCGCAGUCUGGCCUCCAAUCAGUCUGGCUUCCCUAAUGAGGACAUUUAUUCAACUGAAAUCAAUACUCCAUUGAGUCAGCUCAAGGAGCAGACAGCAAGGACGGAACAGAAAUCACUGACUACAGACAUAAAGACAGAAACUGAAGAUUUGUCUUCUACCUCUUCCUUAACGGAGUCAGAGGAAUUUGUAUCUGUUCCGAGUCAGCUUUUCUGGAAGAACAGCGAUAACCUGUGUUGGCUGGACGCACUGCUUGCUGCUUUGGUAAACUGUAAGAGCUUAAUAAGGUGUAAACCCAGAGAGGAGCCUCAGCGGUCAUCUUUCUGGCAGCUGAUGAGAAGAUAUGAAGACAUUUGUGCUGCCAUUCAAGUCCAUCAACAGACUGGUAGAGAUGGUGUGGUGAUGGUGCCAAACCAUGUGCUGCAAAAGGCCAAUGCAGACCUACAGACUCUCAGGAUGUCUGCCUUCAAACUACUGCAACCCAAGCUGCAUUGCAAACUGGGCCAGAGGGAAACACCAGUAUUUGCCAUGCCGCUUCUGCUCAAGAUGGACUCUUGGGCGGAGCCUCUCUUCCAGUCGACAUUUCACUGGGAGUUCAAGUGCAGUGAAUGCAAAGCUGCUUCCAAAGAAAGGAUUAUGAAAACUCUUCCCACCUUCACAAAUAUCAUGCCCGAUUGGCAUCCGCUUCAUGCAGUUCAUUCUGCCCCGUGUAAUGUAUGCUGCAAAAAGAACCAGAGGAGGACCAUGAUGCUGGAGAGUGUGCCUCCAGUAUUUGCGCUGCACUUUGUUGAAGGGCUUCGUGACAAUGAUGUCAGACUGUACACCUUCAACUUCAAAGGGAAACGAUACUCGGUCACCACAGUGAUACAGUACAACCAUCAGCUGAAGCACUUUGUCACCUGGCUGUGUGAAUCUGACGGAUCAUGGCUGGAGUACGACGACGUGAAACAUCCAGACUGUAAGACCCAUCAGAAACUCCCGGUCCCUGCUCAGGAGCUACACGUGGUCUUCUGGGAAAUGGAGGAGGAUGAAGAGCCUCGUGCCUGUUCUCCCACCAGCACAUUUUCCGACUCUGCCUCGUCUAAAAACGAGAUGAACCCGAGUCGAUGUGACAAAGGCUCAGCAGCAGAUAAACUGUUGGCUCACUCUCCGGAUCAGUCUCUUCUCACGUCUCACAAUGACACCGACAUCGUCUGUGCACUCUCAGUAUCUGAAGAUGGCGACAACGUCACGGACACAACCCUCACAGCCGGCUUUGACACAUCCAUAGGUUCCACAACGCUGCUCGACACCUUCGAGGGCCUCAGCCACAAUGACAUUGUCACACUCACACUGGUGGAAUUAAAACCCGAUUCAGAAAUGCUGCCUGUAAAUGACAACAAACAAACUCAGGAUUUGAGUGUUCCCAGCGAGAAUCAAAUACCUGAUGCGACACCAGAUAGCUCCUCCGCCGUAAUAGGCAGUGAAGUGGCGCGCAACCCUGAUGUUGAGCUUCCCACCACCUCCAGCUCGUCUGAAUCUGGAGAUGGCUCAUCUGCUGAUCCAACGUACGUGCCCGGUUCCAGGAGAGGACGAGGGAGAGGGAGAGGAACUGGCAGAGGCAAAACCGUCGGUAGACAAAAAGGUAAAAAAGCAGCCUCUUCAAAAGCAGCUCCACAUAUUUCACCACCUGCGUCUUCUGAGCCCUCUGAAGAAAUCGGUAACAAACCCGUGGUUGCUGCCGCUCAGGAAAAUGCACCACCUGUUGAAAUUACCCCGGAAACGUCCCACCUGUCUUCUGCUGAUACCUCACCCCAAAAAAGUCCCCCGACACUAGAUCAGAACGCCCGCUGGUCCUUCCUGCUCAGCAAACACCCACUAAACCAUGUUCACAAGUCCGUUGCAAAACUCGCUCCCACCCCCACACCCACCUCGGUCACAAAGGUAAAGCCCACUCCUUCCACUCACUCUGCCCCCAACCCUGUGAGAAAACAGCAGACUCCUGGGGCACUCUUCCCCAAACCACAGCUCAGGACAGAGGAGAGUGCGGGUCUCCCGAUGAAAGCAGCAGAAAUGUACGGUGGAUUCAGCGCCAAGAGCUCCAACACACGGAGUCCACUCCCUUCCCCUGCACCGCUCACUGGCAAAUCAAAUCUGUCUCAACCCAUCACCCCUCACCACCAGAAACCACUAAAAAACACACCAGUGGUGUCUGCUACAUUACUCCCUACGCCUAAAGCAAAGGUGCUCCCUGAGAUCUCCUCCUCCAAGAAACAGAGCAGCCAGUCAAAGGUUCCUCCUGGUCUCAGCGACACUGAAACCCUCAGGUACAAGCUGAUAAAGAAACUGAAAGCAAAGAAGAAGAAGCUUGCCAAAUUGAAUGAAAUGUUGGGUCAUCAGGGGGGAGCCAGCCUCCGACCGGACAGCACUGACCUGAAUUCUCCCAACACGGUUACCUCCAGCACCUAUGGCGGCGCCACGUGCGACGACUUCCUCUCAGACCUGCUCUCACCGGCAACGACAGCCAGCAACCUAUCGCCUGACAGCACCGGCUUCCUAGAGAUGCUCACCAGCGGACAAGAUGGAGUCGAGCAGUUGGACUCUGGGGUCAACGCUGUCGGUGCGGUGUCACAGACGAACGCUUGCAUGAUUGGGAGCCACACUGAAAACUUCCUGGAUGAGUUUCUGACGCAGGCCGCAGCUCAGAGACCGACGGAGAUGGAGAGCGAGGCACUCAGUGCGCUUGAAUUUUUCAUCUGAGCUGUGGGGGAUGGGUGUUGUCUGCAGGCUACAAGCACAGACAACAUUAACUUAACUGUCGUGAGAAAAUGGUGCAAAAUUUUACUUGUUUAACAAUCCAACAAACCUCAUCCGUCAGUAGGGAUGGGUUCUUAUAGCAGGUUCCAUUUAGGAUCUGGUUCCAAUCUGGUAAAAUACAAAGAUCCCUUAUUCCUUCAUCAAGAAUCCUUCAUUCUUGUUCUGUUCAAUUUGUUUAUUUUAGUUAGUUCCUUUUAGCCUCUCUCUGACGCUACAGGUUAUCCUUAAGGAAAAAGAUGUAGACAUCUAUAAAACGGCAAAUGUGUGACAAGCCAGUGAUCCUGUUAAGAGCACACACGGAGGACUGGCUUUUCAAAGUCAACAAAAUGACUGCAAAAUUUAAUAUUUGUAGGAUGGUACUCACAAUUUAAAUGUCCACCAACCAACAUUUUAAACUAAGAUUUUGUUGUAUUUUUGAUAACUGGAGAAGAACUAGUGCUCGGCCCACCAGUGUUGCAGCAUAUUCUGUGACCUGUAGCAAUCUAUUCUUCAGAUAACAUUAGAUCCGCUGUGCAUGGAAAACAUCACCAAUUGAUUUAAUCAAUAUUCAUUGAACGAUUAAGUAGAAUUUGUAUUAUUUUCACUGUGUGAUUUUUACUUUAGCUUCUAUGGCUCGUGCUUCUGCAGCACAGCCCCCCAUGACGAGCAAAGGGAGUCGGGACAGGGUCAAUGAAAUUACACAAAGGAGUAACAAAAUAUGUGGUGAACCGUAGUACGAGCAUUUUAGGUUUAAUAGUUAAUAACCGUAGUUUAAGUUAAUGUCGGUGUAUUUUGUUAUUUAAGUGAUCAGAAGCCAGAUUCUUAAAUAUCAAAUCAUAUCUUUUCUUUCACAAAACAGUUGAAAUUGGCACUGAGUGAAAUAAAAACUGCAUUUUUUUUAACAAACACAUUUUCAUUCUCUGUCAAACUAACUACCAAAAAAGAUUCAAUAACAGAUUCGGAACUGGAUUCAGAUUCAACAAAAUGCUAUUGAAGCCCAUCCCUAUCGAUCAGUCAGACAUGUCAGUUUGUCGCCACAUGAAAAUGUAGUUGCAAUGAAAGUAGUGAAAUCUUUUCUUAUUUAUGUUCCUAUUAAUUUAGUUAACUUAAUGAAGUUGUAUGUCUGUCAACAAUGUUGGCGAUGGUAUGUUCAACCUUGGAUGAAAUUUGUAAAUUGCAUCUGUAAAUGUUUUCUGCAGGUUUGGCACUUUGUAGUUUAUAUAUACUGUACAUAUGUGGGUUGCAUUUCACAGCUGUUUGUUUGCUCUGUUUUGCCCUUUUGACAAAUUACUUGAAGAUUAUCAUGAAAGAUAUUUCUUUUCUUUUUUUUAGUGUCAUUUAAUAAAUACUUCAGGUGACUCUUAUAUUUGCAA